ACAGCAUGCAUCAGAUUUAGACCAAUCCGACUCAAGCCUGGGAGUACAAUACUUGAUAUUCCUAGAAUCAGGGAACUACUGGAGAAAUGGGAAUCCUUCCUCAAGAUACCCGUCCUGAAUGUGGAUUAUACAUUUAUUCAUAUAGAGGACAGGACACUCCUACUUCAGGACAGUUGGAAACUCUUUGAAUGGAACCAUAUUUGCAUUGUGAAAAAUGAGACUUCAGUCCGUAUUACAUCAAAUGGAAAAGAGAGUUUUUUCUUCUUUAAUAUAUCAACUCCACUAACGCUAACUUUACUGAAAGAUGUCACAAUAGGAAAUGACAAGUUAAGAAAAGAUGCAGCUUUUGUUGGAGACAUUUCUGAUUUGAAUCUGUGGAAUGGAAGCAAGUCCUUUGAAUUUAUACAAGACUGGAUGUCAAAUAGGAUACAUGAAAGGGGGGAUAUCAUCAAUUGGGAUUUGAUCAUGUCUAAAAAUACAGAACUGAUCAUAACAAAUUUUGACAGAAGUGAAUUUUUUGAGAAGAAGAGCAUUGAAUAUAUUCUGCUUUCGGAUAAAAUCAAAUCUGAGGAGCUUCAUAGAUUUUGCAGCAAUAUUGGAGGAAAAGCUGCGGUUGUCAACCAAUUAAACUUUCCAUACUUAUCCAGCUUAUUCAAUAGUUCCAGAUUCAACGCUUCGAGGUUUUGGUCUGGAUAUUCAGAUGAAGAUGAAGAAGGCGUUUUCAUGAGUGUAGAUAGGAUUCCACUCACAUCUGAAAGUUGGGCUCCAGGAGAACCUAAUGGAAAGCAUACUGAGAACUGUUUGAUUUCUGCCACUUACACAUCCACCUUGAUGUUUAAAGAUACAUCAUGCUCUGAAGAAAAUUAUGGCUUCUGUGCAAUUAAGAACCAAAAGCCUAUUAAGCUAAGAGGAGAAAUAGGAGCUAUCCCUGUAGAUAGGCAGUAUUUCUGGAAUGAAAAGCUACAGAAUGGAAAAUUUUCCUUCUUUGGUAAUCACCGCUCAGAAAUUUUCUUUAAUGGUUUUGUAUGGCAAAUAAGAGAUGUUGAAAAUGGUAAAAUAUAUCUUAAACAUGAGGGCAACUCAUAUCCUUUUGGGAACCAUGAAUGGUUAGAUAUCAAAUCUAAUUCUUCUGUUUUUCUUGGAUUAACAAUCUGUAAAACAGAAGAUUUCAACUGUGGAAAUGGAGAUUGUGUACCAUUGUCAAAUGUUUGCAAUGGAAGGUAUGACUGCUCUGACUCAUCAGAUGAAAUUGACUGCAGUCCCUUUAUCCUAUCCGGAUACAAUAAACAUCUUCCUCCACCUAUCCAUGGUCAAGGACUUGUUCAUAUAACAUUCAUGGAAAUAAUACUUGUCGAAAUACAGGAAAAGCAGUCAAUGAUAAACCUCCAGAUGGGGAUUACUUCCAAAUGGAGAGACAGCAGGAUUGAAUACGUUAAUAUUUUGCCUGGAAAGAUAAAUGAAGUGGAAGAAGAUUUUAGGGACAGUAUCUGGAGUCCUGAUUAUACAUUUUACCUGACAACAAAGGCAAGAGAAGACAUCUCAUUUAAAACUCUUGAAGUUAUGCCAAUGGGAAAUGGAACCCGAUCGCCUUACUCUGACCUCUACAAAAGAAUAUACUUCAAUUGGGAUGAAGUUUUUAUAAUUACUAGACAGUUUUAUGUUGCAGAAAUACAAUGCAAAUUUAAAAACCUCCAUCUCUACCCAUUUGAUGAAGACACAUGCACUUUUUUUAUUUACGUGGAUGGAAUAAGUUGUUGGACCCCAUUUUCAAAUGCUACUGUUAUAGAUCUUGACGAAAUUAAGCCAACAGUGCCUCAGAACAUUGGUCAAAAUGUUGUUGUUAGUAGGAAAACAUAUAUCACUGAUCUUGGAUAUUUGGCGGUUGAUAUCAAUUUUAGGCGAAAGUUUAUUGGAGUAUUUAUUCAAAGUGGUCUGCCAGUCACCCUGUUCUCUGUCAUUGUGUAUGUCACAAAUACUUUCUGUCUCGAAAUGUUUGAUAUAGCUGUUACAGUUAAUGUUGUAUGCAUCCUAGCUAUAUCAGGCGUUUAUUCAAACAUUACAAACUCUCUUCCACCAAGUGCAUCUAUCAAGAUUUUAGAGUUUCAUGUACUUAAAUGCUUGUCAUUGUCUGUUUUUGUUUGCCUGAUGCAAACAAUUCACAAGAUGAUCUGGAACAGAGGCACUAAAGUCAGCCCAACUGAGAUCAUUAAUUCUAAAGCAGAAAAAUGUAGAAUUAACAAGGCUGCAAAAAUAGUUUAUUAUGUCUCAUCUUGGAUAAUUCCUAUAACUUCUGUUCUGCUAGAUUUAGUAUUUAUUGCUUUUGGCAUUAUUCAUGAAUAUCAACUGAUUUAAUACUUAAGCAUCAUUAUGCACAACAUUAGUUCAACAAAAGUUCAAGAUUCUAUUGGAAUUAAACUUAGAGAGUAUUAAUCAA